AUGACUAUAUAUACAGGCCUAAGAAGAAUCUCGCAGGUAAUAGCUGCGCAAGGGUCAGAAAAUCAGAUUUAAGCACGUGAUAUAACUGAUCAAGGGUCAGAAGCCUUACCCGUAAGGCAUCCAACCUUCUGACCCUUCCGCAACUUUUUCUGAACCCGCCGCAACUGGGACCCCGCGGCGGUGCUGCUUUAGGCGAGGGGCUGACGCUGACGUCUUAUCGGCUGCCGUCCGCCCGGAGUCCCCCGUCUCUCUCCAUCCCCUUCAUCUCCCCACUAGAUAGAGAGAGAUAGAUACCAACUGCCGGUCAGCCCUCCCCCUGCCUUCCCUCCUUCAACCUUCGCCAUGUCCUCCGUCGAAGUCACCCUCGACAAUGUCGCCGAGAUCCUCCAAGGCGACACCCGCGUCAAGCUGGCUGGCGUCGACGUCGACGGCAUGCUCCGCGGCAAGCUCGUCUCCAAGAAGAAGUUCCUCUCCAUCGUCGCCGAUGGCUUCGGCUUCUGCUCCGUCGUGUUUGGCUGGGACAUGCACGACCACACCUACUUCAAGGAAUUGACCGUCAGCAACAAGGAGAACGGAUACCGCGAUCUCGUCGCCGUCCCAGACCUGGCCAGUUUCCGGCGCAUUCCCUGGGAGAAAAACGUCCCCUUCUUCCUGGUCAGCUUCUUCGAUCCCGACACAAAGGAACCCCUGUGCGCAUGUCCCCGGGGUCUGUUGAAGUCCGCGCUGGGCAAGUUGGAGGCGGCGGGCUAUCGCGCCAUGGCGGGUGCGGAGUAUGAGUUCUAUCAGUUCCGCGCACCAGCAACCCACCCCGAUCCCGAGCGCAAUGCCUCGUCCACGGCCACCUUCCUGAAAGAAAACCCCGUCGAAGCCCUCCCCCCGUUGACGGAAGGCAUGUUCGGAUACAGCCUGACCCGCCCCAUCCACAACCAGGACUACUACUAUGGCGUGUUCGACGCGUGCGAGCAGUUCGACUGCGAGAUCGAGGGGUGGCACACGGAGAGCGGACCGGGGGUCUAUGAGGCGGCACUACAAUUCGGAGAGGCCAAGGGCAUGGCCGACCGAGCGGGACUGUUCAAAUAUGUCGUCAAGUCCAUCGGCACGAAGCACGGCAUCACCCCGACGUUCAUGGCGAAGCCCCGCGAGGGCCUCCCCGGCAACAGCGGGCACAUGCACAUCUCCCUGGUCGGGAGCGACGGGAAGAAUGCCUUCCUCCGCGACACCCCCGAUCCCAACCCACCGUACCCGGACGUGGCUCAUUUCUCCGACCUGGGCCGGCACUUUCUCGCGGGCGUCCUGACAGGCCUCCCCGACAUCAUGCCGAUGUUCGCACCCACGGUCAACUCCUACAAGCGGUUGGUGGAGAACUUCUGGGCCCCCGUCACGGUGUCGUGGGGACUGGAGCACCGGGCGGCCUCCAUCCGGCUCAUCACGCCGCCCACCGCCAGCCCGAAGGCCACGCGGUUGGAGGUGCGGGUGCCGGGGGCGGAUGCCAACCCGUACUUUGUGCUGGCGGCGGUGGUCGCGUUGGGCUGGUGGGGCGUGGAGAAGCAGCUGGCAAUCCCGGUGCCGCCGCUGUCGAAGGGCGACGAGAUGGGGGGCGCGAGCGACCCGGGGUUGCGCCUGGCCAAGUCGCUGGGGGAAGCCACCAGGACCUUCAUGCGUCCGGAGAGUGUCGCGCGGGAGGUGUUUGGCGACGCGUUUGUGGACCACUUCGGAGGCACGCGGGAGCACGAGGUGCGCCUGUGGGAGGAGGCCGUGACGGAUUGGGAGGUGCGACGGUACAUCGAAACCGUCUGA